AUGAUUGAUGUCCACAAAGAUGCUGUCCCAUCGUCUCCUCCCUCGCUCAGCGUGUCAGAGGAUACUGUGCCCUCGUCUCCUCCUCCUAUGAAACCAAAGAAGAAGCCUCCAGUCACUCCUCGGUCGUUUCGACGCUUCUUCACUCCUAGAUCUUCUCUCAACGCUCCCAACACGCGAAGCCGUUCCAUUCGCAACGCUCUGCAGGAGAUUACCUCGUCACCUGCUCUGAACAGGCUAGGGCCAGCUUUUCCUAGCGUUCCUGACAGCAAUGAGUGUACUUCUUCCCCGUGUCAGGACCCGUUCCGCACACCUAGCAAGAGGAGAAAGCUAUCCUUCUGCGGAUCCAGCUCAUCCCCUCUUCAAUCAUCCCCAUUACGAAGAGUCCGCAUUGUACCUCCAAACUUUGAUGAUGAAUCACCAAGGCGAAGCAGCCUCUUUGCCCCUGUUGAGGAUGAUCCUACGCAAUUAGAGAGUCCGGUCGAGAUACUACAGAUGCCAGCUCCAUUACGGCGCUCUAGAGCCCUUGCUCAAGCAUCACCAAGCUUACACCUACGCAGCUUUGGUAUAUCCAGGAGUUCUAAGAGGACCAUCCGAGCUUCAAAUGGUGCCAACUGGCAAGAUGAAACAGCAAGCUUCUACAGCCAACCAGAAGAUAACCAUCCUUGCUGGAAAGGCGAAUAUCCAGUCACUCCUUAUUGUACUGCCUCGUGCAAUACCAAUUCUUUGAUUGCUGUUGGAGAUGAAGCUGGCGGUAUAAGGCUGCUGGAUACCUCACCUGAUGUUGAGAAAGGGUUCUCUAAUGCAUAUUUAUCGUUUCCAUCUAUGCAUAAGAAUUCUUUAAUGGAUCUCGAAUUCUCCAGUGAUGACAAACUGUUGGCCACAGCCUCUGGAGACCAGACCUCGCACAUUAUUGAUAUGGCUACCCAGACUCCCAUUUAUUCCCUAUCCAAACAUACCUGUUCAGUAAAACGGAUUCAGUUUCAACCCAGGAGCAACAACAACGUGGUUGCAACUUGCAGCCGAGAUGGCAGUGUCAACAUAUGGGAUUUGAGAUAUAAAGCAUACGACAAGCCAGCCCUACGAUUGCAAUGCUCCCUUGGUGAUGAUGAUGAUGACUCUAUCAGGCCACCAGCCAAGAUGAAAUAUGCACAAACGUCCAAGACGAUUGUAGGUGCGCAUAUGGAGAGAGCCCGCACCAAGUCUGAACAAGAAUCUCAGCUACGGCGUGAUGAUACAACUGUCACUUCCAUUUCAUUUUUGAAUCCAGGCCGCGAACAUCUGUUCGUUACCUCUUCGGAAUCAAACGCAUGUGUGAGACUGUGGGAUCUUCGAACGGCGUACUCCCUACGAAGAGCAGCCGUCCCGUUGGCUUCGACUAGUCAGCCAGAUAGCCAUUCUCGCUUCCGGCAGUUCGGCUUGACUUCCAUGACCUUUAACACCGAUGGAAGCAGGCUUUACACCCUGUGCAGGGAUGGUACCAUUUACGCAUAUUCAACCUCCCAUUUACUGCUGGGAAACUCUCCUGAAAUGUUGCAGUCUAAUAACACCUCCGGACGGCGGUAUCCUGCAGAGGAGGCUAAAGCCGGUCUAGGCCCCAUGUACGGUUUCCGCCACCCACGUCUGAUGGUUGGCUCAUUUUUUGUCAAGCUCAGCCUCCGUCGAGCAGUAGACGACAAGUGCGAACUUCUCUCUGUCGGCAGCAGUGACAAUUGUGCCAUUCUUUUCCCUACUGACGAGCGUUACCUUACUCCCUCCCUUACACCAUCCAACAGCCCACCCUAUGCUACAUACUCGUCUAAUAUACCACUAUCACAAAUCCAGUCCCGGGUUGGGCAUUGUCUCCGCCCUUGUCUCCGGAGGACACAUUCCAGCUCAAGCCUUCCCGAUAGAUUGGAGCAUACUAUCCCUAUAUACCAACAUGGAACAGCCUUGGUUGAAGGCCAUAACAAAGAAGUCACUGCCGUUUCAUGGGCACAUGGAGGCGAAUUGGUCACCGUCAGCGAUGAUCUACAUGCUAGAUGCUGGCGCGAAGGCCCAGCAGCUCGAAAACUGCGUCGGGAGGGCGAUGUCAACGGCCAAAGAUGGCAGUGUGGUUGGGCAGAUGUCAAGGACCCAUCAUAUGAUGAUGACGAAGCGUAA